GCUGCGGAAAGUAGUACUCCAUUCAGUUCAGUAAACGAAACUGCACCCACCGAGACACCAGCGUCAGUGACAACAAAUCUGGGAGCAAGUAAUAAAUCGACCACCACAGCCUACGUUGAGGAAAGUACGACAUAUAGUUCACUAAACAAAACCGCAUCCACGGAGCCACCAUCAGCAACAACAAAUCGGGGAACGAGUGCAUCGACGAUCACAACCGGUACGGAAAGUACGAAACACAGUUCAGUGAACGGAACCGCAUCCACGGCGCCACUAACGUCAGCAACAACAAUUCUGGGAACGAAUGGAUCGACGAUCACAAACAUCAUUUGCCAUCCUGGAGACGAAAACUGUACAACACCUGUGGACUGUAGACCAGACGAAGAUUCAAGUUGUGAAACACAAAAUACCAGUGUGACCACUACUACAACUCUUGGGUGUGAUGCUCGACAAGAUCCGACAUGCUUCAGUACUGAAGCUACUCUUACUUCAGUUUCAAAUACACCAGUAGGGAUGUGUAAUCCUAGACAGGACCCUACAUGCCCCACCACAGAAACAUUCAUUACCUCAGUAGAAGCAUGUAAUAACACUAAUGAUCCCACUUGUUCAAAACUUGACACUACUGUGAUUCCUACUUCAAACACCUCUACAAAGUUUGGUACCUCCACAGGACUUUGCAAUACAAGUCAGGAUCCCACAUGUCCUGCCAACAUAAGUACUCCUUUCUUUUCUUCAAAUGCCACAGGAGACAAUAUCACCACAGUAGGGGAGUGUGAUCCCACCAGUGAUCCCACAUGCAUUACAAAUGUAAGUACUCUGAGCACUUCAAAUGCCACUGGAAAUAACAUGGCUACAAUGGGAUUGUGUGAUCCUACCAAAGAUUCUAAUUGUGCUACCAGUCUAACUACUUUAGCCAUUUCUUCAAAUACUACUAUAGAGUUAAGUACCACUGAGUUAGCAUGUGAUCCUAAUAAGGAUCCUACAUGCACUACUAACAAAAGUACUGAAGCCACUACACCAUCUGCUACUGGGGAGUUUACUACUAUAGGUGGAUUAUGUGACACAUCAAUUGAUCCAACAUGCCUUUCUAAUAUAAGUACUCCAGCAACUAUUUCAAAUACAAGUGCAGGAACUAUCACAAAAGAGGGAUUGUGUGAUCCUAACAAAGAUCCUACUUGUGUCACCAGUGUUACUUGGUCACCCACUACAUUAAAUAGUACUACAGAAUUAAGUACCACUGAGAUUUUCUGCAAUCCCAGUAAUGAUCCUACAUGUACUCCUAAUAUAAGUGCUAUAGCCACAACUGUAAUUCCCUCUGGGUAUGUUACUACCACAAAUGUUUCAUGUAAUCCCACCAGUGAUCCCACAUGCACUGGGAAUGCAAGUACUCCUCUGAACACAUCAAACACCACUGGAGAUAUUAUGACUACAAUGGGAUUGUGUGAUCCUAGCAAAGAUCUUACUUGUAAUACCAAUCUGACUACUCUACCAAUUGUUUCAAAUAGUACUGCAGUGUUCAUUACCACUGAACUAGAAUGUGAUCCUAAUAAGGAUCCUACAUGCGCUGCUAACAUAAGUACUCAAGCCGACACUUCCUCUCCUAGUGGAGAGCUUACUACUAUAGGUGGAUUAUGUGAUACAUCAAUUGACCCUACAUGCCUUACUAACACUUCAGUUGCGGUUGGAGACAUUACUACCACAUCUAUUGUAUGUGAUCCCACCAGUGAUCCCACAUGUACUGUGAAUAAAAGUACUCCUUUCUAUUCUUCAAAUGUCACUGGAGACAUCACCACAACAGUUGGAAUAUGUGAUCCCAACAAUGAUCCUACAUGUAUUACUAAUGUGACAGCUUCACCUCCUUACACACUGUUAGUAUGUGAUCCCAGUAAGGAUCCUACAUGCUCUGCAAAUAUUAGUACUCCUGUCACCAGUUCAGUUGGUACUGUAGAGUCUACAACCAUUGUUUUAGUAUGUGAUCACGCCAUUGAUCCUACAUGCAUUGCCAAUACAACCACUCCUACAUCUACUUCAAAUACCACUAAAGGAAUGAUUUUCACACAGAGAAUAUGCGAUCCUUCCAAAGAUCCAACUUGUCACACCAAUGUGACUAUGACACCAGCUUCUUUAACUAGUAUUGCAGAGUUAACUACCACACAGUUUGUAUGCGAUCCUGGUAAGGAUCCUACUUGCAUAAGUAACAUAAGUACAUCCAACACUUCAGCUACUCCAGGAAACUUCACAAAUUGUGAUGCAAAUAAUGAUCCAAAUUGCACUACCAUUACCAAUAAUAUUUCAAUCACUUCAAAUACCACUGGAGGAAUAGUCACCACAGUAGGAGUAUGUGAUCCCAACAAAGAUCCUACUUGUGCAACCAAUGUAACUACUUCACCUACUAUUACAAAUCUCACUGAAAAUUCAAGUACUGUUGUGUUAGUCUGUGAUCCCAGUAUUGAUCCUACAUGCACUACUAAUAUAAGUGCUGUAGCCACAACUGUAAUUGCUACUGAAGAGGUUACUACCAAAAAUGUUUUAUGCAAUCCCACCAGUGAUCCCACAUGCGUUGGGAAUGCAAGUACUCCUCUGAACACAUCAAACGCCACUGGAGAUAUUAUGACUACAAUGGGAUUGUGUGAUCCUAGCAAAGAUCUUACUUGUAAUACCAAUCUGACUACUCUACCAAUUGUUUCAAAUAGUACUGCAGUGUUCAUUACCACUGAACUAGAAUGUGAUCCUAAUAAGGAUCCUACAUGCGCUGCUAACAUAAGUACUCAAGCCGACACUUCCUCUCCUAUUGGAGAGCUUACUACUAUAGGUGGAUUAUGUGAUACAUCAAUUGACCCAACUUGCCUUACUAACACUUCAGUUGCAGUUGGAGACAUUACUACCACAUCUGUUGUAUGUGAUCCCACCAGUGAUCCCACAUGCACUGUGAAUAAAAGUACUCCUUUCUAUUCUUCAAAUGUCACUGGAGACAUCACCACAACAGUUGGAAUAUGUGAUCCCAACAAUGAUCCUACAUGUAUUACUAAUGUGACAGCUUCACCUCCUUACACACUGUUAGUAUGUGAUCCCAGUAAGGAUCCUACAUGCUCUGCAAAUAUUAGUACUCCUGUCACCAGUUCAGUUGGUACUGUAGAGUCUACAACCACUGUUUUAGUAUGUGAUCAUGCCAUUGAUCCUACAUGCAUUGCCAAUACAACCACUCCUCCAACUACUUCAAAUACCUCUACAGGAAUGAUAUUCACACAGAGAAUAUGCGAUCCUUCCAAAGAUCCUACUUGUCCCACCAAUGUGACUAUGACACCUGCUUCUUCAACUGGUAUUGCAGAGUUAACUACCACACAGUUUGUAUGCGAUCCUGGUAAGGAUCCUACUUGCAUAAGUAACAUAAGUACAUCCAACACUUCAGCUACUCCAGGAAACUUCACAAAUUGUGAUGCAAAUAAUGAUCCAAAUUGCACUACCAUUACCAAUAAUAUUUCAAUCACUUCAAAUACCACUGGAGGAAUAGUCACCACAGUAGGAGUAUGUGAUCCCAACAAAGAUCCUACUUGUACAACCAAUGUAACUACUUCACCUACUAUUACAAAUCUCACUGAAAAUUCAAGUACUGUUGUGUUAGUCUGUGAUCCCAGAAUUGAUCCUACAUGCACUACUAAUAUAAGUGCUGUAGCCACAACUGUAAUUGCUACUGAGGAGGUUACCACCAAAAAUGUUUUAUGCAAUCCCACCAGUGAUCCCACAUGCAUUGGGAAUGCAAGUACUCCUCUAAGCACUUUGAAUAUCCCUGUAGAUAGUAAGACUACAAUGGGAUUGUGUGAUCCUAGCAAAGAUCUUACUUGUAAUACCAAUCUGACUACUCUAUCAAUUGCUUCAAAUAGUACUGCAGAGUUCAUUACCACUAAAAUAGUAUGUGAUCCUAAUAAGGAUCCUACAUGCGCUGCUAACAUAAGUACUCAAGCCGACACUUCCUCUUCUAUUGGAGAGCUUACUACUAUAGGUGGAUUAUGUGAACCAUCAAUUGAUUCUACAUGCCUUACUAACAUAAGUACCCCUACAACUACUGAAAAUAUCAGUGCAGGAAUGGUCACCACAGAGGGAUUGUGUGAACCUACCAAAGAUCCUACUUGUGUCACCAGUGGUACUAUGUCACCUACUACUUUAAACAUUAUAUCCUCAGUAGGAGUUUGUGAUCCCACCAGUGACCCUGCAUGUGCUACAAAUAUAAAAACGUCUCCUGCUACUUCUACUUCUACUGGAAAGUUUAGUACCACAGUGUUAGCAUGUAAUCCAGGUAAUGAUCCUACAUGCAUUGGUAAUAUAACUAGUCCAUCCAACACUUCAAGUACUGGAGAUCUUGAAUUAUGUGAUAUUACUAAGGAUCCAAAUUGCACUACCAUUAUCAGUACUCUUUUGACCACUUCAAAUACCUCUGCUCCAAAUCUUCCUGUUACUUUAAAUACUUCUGCUGAUCUUACUUCCAACAUUGAUAAUAAUGUUACCACUCAAACAACAUUUGCAUGUAGGCCUGGCCAGAAUUUUAACUGCUCAGUAAAUACUACACAUCUGACUACUACUCAAGAAGUCAUCUGCAAUCCUAAUGACCCAUUUUGUACUACUAUGUCAUCUGAUGUUGGUUCCAUUUCUUCAAGAGUACAACCUCCUAGCCCACCUAGUGGAACUACACAAGGACCUACAGUACAACCUCCUAGCCCACCUAGUGGAACUACACAAGGACCUACAGUACAACCUCCUAGCCCACCUAGUGGAACUACACAAGGACCUACAGUUACACCUGUUAGACCAGGACCUUCAUCUACACCACCUACACAAGGACCAGGCGUGCCACCUGUUGGACCAGGACCUGCACCUACACCACCUUCACAAGCACCAGGCGUGCCACCUGUUGGACCAGGACCUGCACCUACACCACCUUCACAAGGACCAGGCGUACAACCUCCUAGCCCACCUAGUGAAAUUCCACCAGGACCUGUAGUGCCACCUGCUGUACCAGGACCUGCACCUGGAGGAGGACCUGGCGUGCCACCUGCUGGACCAGGACCUGCACCUGGAGGAGGACCUGGCGGACAACCUGCUGGCCCACCUAGUGAAACUCCACAAGGACCUGCAGGAAUCGGUGAUGGAGGUGGUCAAGGUACCGGAAUCGGUGAUGGGGGUGGUCAAGGUACCGGAGUCGGUGAUGGGGGUGGUCAAGGUACCGGAGUUGGUGAUGGAGGUGGUCAAGGUACCGGAGUCGGUGAUGGAGGUGGACAAGGUACCGGAGUCGUUGGUGGAGGUGGUCAAGGUACCGGAGUCGGUGAUGGAGGUGGUGAAGGUACUGGAGUCGGUGAUGGAGUUGGUCAAGAUACCGGAGUCGUUGAUGGAUCUGGGCAGUCUGGUGGGGGAGGAGGAGGUACUGGUGGAGGUGGAAGUGGAGGUGGAGAUGGAGCCAGUGGAAGUGGAGGUGGAGGUGGAGAUGGAGCCAGUGGAAGUGGAGGUGGAGGUGGAGAUGGAGCCAGUGGAAGUGGAGGUGGAGGUGGAACUGGUGGACUUCCAGAAGUCAUCCCUCCUUUCAAUGAAUUUGGCAGCAUAGCAGAUGGAACAGAUUUUGCCUCCACCAUGUAUGAGGAAUACAAUGUAGAAGCUGUCAAAUUAAUAGGAUUUGAAUCUGUCACUCUGAGCUUUGGUCAGUCACUGUAUUCAUAUCUUUUAGCCUACUCUAAUGCACCUCAAGUGGAGUAUGCCGUACAUAUACAGACACCUUUAGGCAUGUCUUCAAGUACACUCUUCCGGAAACGACGUCAGGUAGCCAGUUCGACAAAUGAUUCAUCAGCUAAUCCAGAUGGAAUUAUUCCUGCGGAUAACGUGUUAUGUAUCUAUACAUUCAGCAUCAGAUUCCUGACUGUUGAGUUCAAAAAUGUUUCAUCUCGCGUCAAUCACUGUAAACCUGGAGGUCAGGCAAAUGCUGAGCCGCCAUAUAUAGAGAUAAUAGAUGAAUACAAUGCAACCACCAGGUUGUGUAAUCUGGAAGGUACCUACACUGUGAACUCUUUCUCCAACAAUCUAACGGUAAAAUUCGUAGCAGAUCGAGAUCCAACGAUGGUACCAAAUGUCACUUUUGACCUCCGUAAAUCCAAAGAAUGUUGCGGAGGAGUAUUUAAGACUAAAUACAGUUCCAGCAUGCCAGUAUCCAGCACGAUGGCUACUUCCCCCAACUACCCGUUAAAUUACCCUCCGAAUUCAGUCUGCCCCUAUAUAUUUGAGUGCAUUCCCGAGAAUGAGAACACGCCAUGUAAUGUACAGCUCCAGUUUAUAAACUGGGAUGUUGAAAACCCAAAUCAGAAUAUAUUCCAAGCGAUUCAAGCACAGACGAAUCAGCGACGGCGCCGUCAAAUCAUACAAAUAAAUAGUACUGUAGAUAUGCGCAACGAAGCUAAUGCUUUAGCUGCUGUCGGAAGAGGAAUGAAUCUGCGCUGCGCAGAUGAAGAUCAGAUCUGGAUCACUGGUUGUGGAAACAUAUAUCCCAAGGACACAGAACAGUACUGCAGCAACUAUUACCCGAAGACGUACGUGGCGGAGGGAAAGGUUCUCAUGGUUUUCGUCACAAACAGCAUAGCUGAAAACAGAGGGUUUGUCAUUAAGUACCAGGCCCUGGAUCCUCAGUUGGGUGUCUACACUAGGCAAGAGUCUGACCCGAAUGCGUGCCGAUGUGGUGAAGCGGACUUUACCCGAUUUCGCAAACUUAGUGAAAAACAGGUUAAGAAAUCGUUGGGUGGUAACCCGGAAGGAGAAAACGGGAAAGUCUGGAAAAAGUCAAAGUCAAAAAGGAAUGGAGGAUGGAAAAAGAACAAGCCCGGAAAGCCCUCAGGUUAAAAAGAGGAGCAGAAGGAAAAAACAAACAAGGGACGAAACCUCCUAAUGAUAAUUUGAAGAAGAAGAACAAGAAGAGAAGAAGGAAGAAUAAUGUAAGCCCAAAGCCACCAACAGGAAAAAAACAAAAGAGAAAGCACAGGAAUGGCGCCAAGAGUAAACCAAAGGGCAACCGGAA